AUCAUAAAAUUUAUCAUAGAUAUUUUAAAAAUACUUAUUAAAUAUUGUCAAAAAUAUUAAUUUUUACUUAUUGUAACUAUUAUAUAAUAAUCUACAUUUUAUUCAAAUUUCUUCCAUUAGUAGAGGAACUCGAACAAGUUCUUUAAUCUUCCCUCUCUUUAGCUUCUGCUGAGAAACCUGAACAGGUUCCUCGAUUCUCGUUCUCUCAAUUUUCUUAGCACUCGCUUUCAGUCUCACCAAGCUACUCCAUCCUUAAGUUAGUGCGCGAUUUUAAAUCUAAAAGCGCUUUUACUGUACCAAACCGAGCAACUAACAGAGUUAACAGACCUCAAGUAAACUUGGAAGUUUUCCAUCAAGUAAGUUACAUAACCACAUUUUUUUAUUAUGUGAUUUCCCUUAUUCUUUUGAAAAUUGUUUAAAUCAAGUUGCUCUAGUACUUUAAAAUCUAUCUGAAUAAUUAUAUAUCCGAAUAUUCAGAUAUCUUGUAAUAAAUGCGUGAAUGUUAUAUAAUUCUCUUAUCAACACACUAGUAAAAUUGUCGGAUAUACUCGUCAUUCUAAUUGCAUUUGUGCACGCGCGCGUAGACACACAAACAUUUUGAUAAUUUUCAGUUAGCUAGGAUAAUUAUGAAAUAUUUUCUUUAUAAUUAUUCUUCAGGAUUAUUUAUAUGGUUUCCUUUAUGAUGCAAUCUUGUAGAGUGUUGCAAGCUUGUAGACAUUAUUGGACUGUAUUCAGAACCCUACAGUUAUGACCUUAAACCCAAAUAUUUGUGGCCAAAUGGUUGAAAAUAAUCCGAAGAAUUUUAUCAUAGAAAAUGGUAUCUACAAAGGAUUAGUAAAACAUAAUUUAGGUAAUUAUGGCAGUCUUGGAGAAUUGAUGUGGACUAGUAUUAGAAACAAUGGAGAUAAAAUUGUAUAUUUAGACGCACGUACUGAAGAAACAGUGACAUACACGGAGUUGCAAAAUAAAAUUGUGAGAUGCGCUUUAUGGCUACAAAAACAAGAAAUCAAGUCUGAUGAUGUUAUCACUAUAUGCACUGGUAAUCAUCUCAACUCCAUCGUGCCCUGUCUUUCUGCAGCUUAUGUCAACGCAAUCUUCAACCCAUGGAACGAAAAUAUGGACUCGCAAACUACAUUAUACUAUUUGCAAAUGACGACGCCAAAGAUAAUCUUCUGCAGCGAGAAAUCUGUACACGCCGUCUUAAGCGCGGUAAAAGAGAAGAAUUAUAGUUGCAAGGUGGUAGUUUUUGGCAAGCACGUUGGUGCGAUCUCGUUCUCUGAUAUCCUGAAAAAUUGCAAUGAUGCAGAAGCGGCAAAUUUCCGUUAUGUCAAACUCGACAAUAUCAAGCAGACAGCGUGUAUUUUGCAUUCCUCGGGAACCACGGGGAUGCCGAAAGGUAUCGAGUUGUCCAACUACGCUAUGAUAGCUCUCGUUCAAAUAAACAAUAUGGACGUGACCAGCAUGCCAACACUUUGGUACUCCACUCUUUAUUGGCUGACUGGGAUAUUAAUGAACUUCUGUGGGAUUAUACAAAAUUUUAAAGCGAUCAUCUAUCCGGAAUUUGACGAAGAAAUGACCUGCCGAUUGAUUGAAAAAUACAAAAUACAAGAUGUAUUCCUUAGCACAAGCAUGGUUAAUCGGUUGCUCAAAUCCGAUUAUUUAAAGAAAUAUCGACUACCAUCCUUGAAAUCUAUAAAAUGUGGUGGUACAUCAGUUAAGCCAAAAGUGCAAGAAGAUUUGAGACGUAUUUUGCCACAUGUUCAAAUAUUGCAAUGUUACGGAAUGACAGAAGCCGGUGACUUUGCAACGAAACAAUUACCAAAUAGUAAGAAUGGAUCUUGCGGAGUAGUAGUCAAGAAUGGGCAAAUUAAAAUCGUGGAUCCAGAAAGCGGAAAAAUACUUGAUCGCAAUCAACCAGGAGAAGUAUGCAUAAAACUUCCAACUGUAAUGACUGGUUAUUGUAAAAAUCACGAAGCGACAAGAAACAUUAUGGAUAAGGAAGGAUGGUUACAUUCCGGUGAUAUCGGUUAUAUGGAUAAGGACGGGGAGUUAUUUAUUGUGGAUAGAAUGAAAGAACUUAUAAAGUAUAGAGGUUAUCAAGUAUCUCCAGGAGAAAUUGAAAAUGUUUUACUAUUGCAUCCAGCAGUGCUAGAAGUUGCAGUAAUAGGAGUGCCUCAUGCAAUAGAUGACGAACAUCCUCUUGCCUUCGUCAGUAAGCAACCUGACGUUAAGGUGACGGAACAGGAAUUGAUAGAUUUUGUGGCGAAGAACAUGAUGGAUAAUUACAAACUACGUGCAGGAGUAAUAUUUUUAGACCGUUUUCCAUACACUGGUUCCGGGAAAAUUGCGAGAAAAGAUUUAAAAAUAAUGGCAAAAAAACUGUUAAAAUAUGAUGAUUAAUUAACUACAAUUUUUUCAAAAAUAAAAAACUUUAUGUAUAAGCAUGCAUUCUUUAAUUGAAUAUAAUAUUAAACAAAUAUUUAGAUAUUUUAAUAGAUAGUAUAAAUGUGAUUUAAUGUAUAUGUAAUGCUGUGGUUAAGAAAAUAUUUUUCCUAUUUAUUUUUAAAAAAUUUUGUUAUAUUCAUAUAAUAGGAAAAUAUUGACCAAUUUAUAAAGAUGAAAAUAAUUAUAAAUGAACUUUAUUUGAUUACAACUGGAUUUUUUAUAUUAAUAUUUUUUGUGUAAUUUUAUAUACAUAUUCGUAUUCAUCAAACUGAGAAUCGAAAAAAUUUUUGUCUUAAAAUACAGUUCUAAUUGUAAGUUAA